UAAAAUAAAUAGGUUACAUAAAUAUAAUAAAAACUGUGAAGCAUCAGAAAACUACAACAGGCAACUAGGAAAGAUGGACUCAGACAUUGAGGAAAAGAGACUACGCACUCGUUCUAAAGGAUCCAGGGUUCCAGUGGAGCCUGUGACACAGGAACUGAGCUGUUCUCUGGCAAAGAGGAGAAAGGUACAAGAAAUGGAACUGGGAGCAUCAGUGAACAAAAGAAAAUCCCUGCUGAUGAAACCACGUCACUACAGUCCCAGCAAGGACUGUGAAGAAGAAAGUAAGGAUGGUAAAGACUGUGACGAGAUUAUGGCAAAGGCAGAUAAUAUGGAAAACCACCGGCAUUUGUUAGAUUCUAUAAGAUCUGACAAAAAAGAGUCCAAAUGUCCAACUCCAGGGUGUGAUGGCAGUGGUCACAUCACAGGACUGUAUCCACAUCACCGCAGCUUCUCAGGAUGUCCUCAUAAAAUGAGGGUGCCCCCAGACAUUCUUGCCAUGCAUGAGAAUGUUCUCAGGUGCCCAACCCCAGGAUGCACAGGAAGAGGCCACGUGAACAGCAACCGCAAUUCACACCGAAGUCUCUCAGGUUGCCCUAUUGCUGCAGCAGAGAAACUGGCCAAAUCACAGGACAAACAGAAUGAUCUUACAAGGAUUGGACAAAUCUCAGACCAAAUGUUCAGGCCUAUGUGUCUGGUGAAACAAAUGGAGAUUACACAAUUGAGCUAUGCGUCAUCUCAGCCAAUCAGCACAUGCCAUACCAACAUAUCUAAAGAGCUGGACAAAUACACCAAGGCUCCAUUUGAUUAUGCCAGCUUCGAUGCACAAGUAUUUGGAAAACACACUGUAACAUCAAAAGUGCAAGAAUGGGAAGCUGUUCAAUUUUGUGAAUCUAAACAGUUUACAAGUCCAGUGACUCCUUCCAGCCGACUGCCUAGAGCCUCUGUUCAAAGUCCAUGCCAUUCCAGUAUCUACACUUAUACUCACGAUACUGAAGCCACUCAUAUAGCAGCUGCAGCUAUCCUCAACCUAUCCACUCGCUGUAGAGAAAUGCCGCAGAACCUCUCCACAAAGCCUCAGGAUUUGUCGGCUAAGAACACAGAUAUAGAAGUGGAUGAAAAUGGAACUCUUGACCUAAGCAUGAACAAAAAUAGAAACCGGGACAAGGUCACCACUUGCAGUUCUGCAGUAACCACACCAGAAUCUCCCCCACCGUACCUAAACAGUAUCUUGAUAACUCCUCAGUACUACCAAGCACUGUGCGAACAAGAAGGAUGGGAUGCACCUGUUAACUACACUAAAGCACAAAUACAAAAGGAAGAGGAUAAAGAGAAAGAAGACAUUGGUCCAGAGGAAGAGAGGAGGUAUCCUGGUGAGGUUACGAUUCCUAGUCCUCAGUCCAAAGUUCCAAACAAAGACUCAAAGAAGGAGCUAAUUACUUGCCCUACACCAGGAUGUGAUGGUAGUGGCCACGUAACUGGAAAUUAUGCAUCACAUCGCAGUGUAUCUGGUUGUCCUUUGGCUGACAAAAGUCUCAAGAGUCUAAUGGCAGCAAGCUCCCAGGAACUGAAGUGUCCAACGCCUGGUUGUGAUGGCUCUGGCCACGUGACUGGAAACUAUGCUUCACACAGAAGCCUUUCUGGAUGCCCAAGAGCUAAGAAAGGUGGAAUUAAGCUAACACCCAGCAAUGAUGACAAAGAAGACUCAGAGUUAGUGAGGUGUCCAGUGAUAGGUUGUGAUGGGCAGGGUCACAUAUCUGGCAAAUACUCAUCACAUCGGAGUGCAUCAGGGUGCCCCUUAGCUGCAAAAAGACAAAAGGAGGCUUCAUUGAAUGGACCCCAAUUUCCAUGGAAAUCUGGCAAAGCAGAAGGUACAACUUGCCCCACACCUGGCUGUGAUGGAUCUGGUCACAUUAAUGGCAGUUUUGUCACCCACAGAAGUUUGUCAGGUUGCCCCCGAGCUUCCCUAGCAAUGAAGAGAAGCAAACUCUCGUGUGAUGAAAUGAUGACCAUCAAGCUCAGGGCAAGUAGCGGAGCUGAAAACAAUGAGGAGAUCAAUCAUUUGGAUGAUGAAAUUAAGGAGCUGAAUGAAUCAAAUUUAAAAAUGGAAGCAGAUAUGAUAAAACUUCAGACACAGAUUACUUCCAUGGAGAGCAAUUUGAAAACAAUUGAGGAGGAGAAUAAACUAAUUGAGCAGCACAAUGAGAGUUUGUUAAAGGAAUUAGCUGGUCUGAGUCAGGCCCUUAUUAACAGCCUCGCUGACAUCCAACUCCCACAAAUGGAACCAAUCAGCGAACAGAAUUUUGAUUUGUAUGUGAACACUCUGACUGACAUGUACAGCAGCUUGGAAAGGAAUUACACUCCUGAAAGCAAAGCCCUUCUGGAGAGCAUAAAACAAGCAGUGAAGGGUAUCCAGGUGUAA